UCCUCACCUCUGCACACCUGCUGUCCUUACCCAGGUGCUGUGUGAGCUCAUUAAUGGACUGUACCCCGAGGGGCAGGCCCCAGUAAAGAAGAUCCAGGCUUCUGCCAUGGCUUUCAAGCAGAUGGAGCAAAUCUCUCAGUUCCUGCAAGCAGCUGAACGCUAUGGCAUCAACACCACUGACAUCUUCCAAACUGUGGACCUCUGGGAAGGAAAGAACAUGGCCUGUGUGCAGCGGACGCUGAUGAACCUGGGUGGGCUGGCAGUAGCCCGGAAUGAUGGGCUCUUCUCUGGGGACCCCAAUUGGUUUCCUAAGAAAUCCAAGGAGAACCCCCGGAACUUCUCGGACAACCAGCUGCAGGAGGGCAAGAACGUGAUUGGGUUACAGAUGGGCACCAACCGCGGGGCGUCCCAGGCGGGCAUGACUGGCUACGGGAUGCCACGCCAGAUCCUCUGAUGCUGCCCUGCCCUGCCCCGCCCUCCCACGGAUGGUUAAUAUAUAUGUGUGUAUAUAUUUCAGCAGUGACAUUCCCUGAGAGCCCUCCAGCUCUCCUCUGCCAGGGUGGGGCUCCAGCUUGCCCUGUCCCCUCUAGGGGUGCCUGAUGGUGGCCUCUCUCCCUGUGCUUACUAAUACAUUCCUUUCCCUACACCCACCAGAAACUGGACCAACUGGCCUCUUCUUUUCCCUUGGGACCAAAAUUUGGGGGCACCAACUCCUCUCCCCUUUCCCUCUGGUCUCUCCUGCCCCUGGGCUGGUACUCUUCUUCCAUUCCUUGGCUAGGAGUCAGCUGCCUUCCGAUGCUGGACUGGCCUCCCUUCCACAAGAAUGCCCCUCCUCCAGCCCUGGCUGCAGGGACUUAAUUUAUAGGGAGGGGCUUGUGGCAGCUGCCACCCUGGCCACAGCUGGACUGCGCUCACCGCACAUCUGGGGCUGCCUUCCCUGGCAGAAGGCCUCCUGGCUUCUCAUUUUCCAUUCCCCUCACUGUGGCUAAGGGGUGGGGGUGAGACAGAGGAGGGAGGGCUGCCCACCCUGGGGCUUGAGGAGGAAGGGUUUGCUGAUUUAAAUAAAGAAUCCCAGUCUUUUUUGGAUGGA